UUUUCCUAUUCAACCUCCCAUUCAGUGUGUGUCUUUGUCGUCUGUUCUACAGAGCUCUAUUCAAGACUUCACUUGAUUCCAGUCUCACGCUUGUAUAGAGAUAUUAAUUGUUAUGCACAUUGCAAGGCUAUAAAAGUCCCAGAUGCUAGAUCCCGACUCCAUGUUAACCACUACAGUUGACUUCGAACAAUACAUACUAUCAUUCAAAUCUCGCCAUGCGCACGACACUCCUCUCUCUCCUCCCAGUUGCUCUCGCAGCGCCAGCGACCCUCUUCCACCGCGCUGAAAAACCAAUUUAUUGGGCUCUAGUUGGCGACUCAACAACUGCUCCCGAUGGCGGUUGGGGAGACGCGUUUCUCUCCACUACCGUUGCGGAGCCUUCUUCAGGCAAGAAUUUUGGGCACAGCGGCGCGACUACCAAGUCAUUCCGCAAUGGAGGCGAUUGGGGAAAUGUCAUAAAAGAUGUUGCAGCACACAAGAACGAAAGCCGAGUGUAUGUGACUAUCCAGUUUGGUCACAACGACCAAAAGCCCGCCAACAACGUUUCACUCGACGAGUACAAAACCAACCUUGCAAACUUUGCCUCCGAAGCCUCUGGUGCAGGAGCAACGCCCAUCCUGCUGACCCCGCUGACUCGCCGCGCAUUCAAUUCGACAACUGGAAAAGUCAUCGAAAACCUCUCUGUUGAACGCGCGGCAACUAUCGAAGUCGCGGAAGCGAACGAUGUACACUGGAUCGACCUCAACCGAGCGAGUACCGACUAUGUGAAUGCCAUCGGUCAAAAAGCGGCGGACAUGUACAAUCUUGCAUCGGGAGAUCGCACACAUGUGAACGUAUGGGGCGGAGUGGUAUUUUCGAGGAUAGUGAGUGACUUGUUGGUGGAGAAGUAUGCGGGAGAGUUUGAAGGAGCGACAGUGAAGAACGAGACUUUGAGUGCGCUGAUUGCGGACGGAAAACCUGCUUAAACUUUCGAAUGAUCAAUUCAGAAUUGUUUACGAAGCGUUCAUCUUGAC